UUCUAUGUUCAUCGCGCCUCGGCUAAAGCGGGAGGGAAGUCAACAAAAGGCUGGUACAAAACAAAUGACAAAAACAGACAGCAGAGCGGAAGGAUGAAGUGUUUUUAAAGAAUCGUGUGAAAAAAAGGAUUUGUUGCUGUUAAAGGAGGUACUGGUGUUUGAAUACUACCGGUUGUGGGGUUAAUUAGGAGUGGGGAAUCAAUGGACGGCUAGACAGAGACGGUCUCAGCGUUGUUAGCUAGCAGACUGCACGCGGCAAUCCGAGCGGUGGUAUAGGGCUCUCAUAUCCGUAGAGGAUUGUUAGAUGAGACGCGGUGUGUUUUCUGGACCAGCGGACUCUGUGGAAUUGGCUGCUGGGACCCUUACAGCGAUCCAUUCACGGCGGGAGAGGACUAUGACCGGAAUGCCUCGGUGUAGACCAUGGAUAAGCAGGCAUUCCUCGAUGAUGUCAGUAUCGAGCGGAACGGGGGUGGUCCGGGUGUGGGGGUACAAUGGGGGGUGGUGGUAGGCCCUGCCCACUCGUGUCCAGCGAAGGAGGAGAUUGUGAUACCCACUGGAGAUAAGAACUCGUAUUUGGACAAUCGAGACAACAUCCUUAGUAGUGUUGAGGAUUCAGCUGUGGCAGACUCCUCUGACAACAUUGUUGUACGUAGUACCCUGCACGCACAGAUGACCAAAACUCCGGCAAUCGCGGCUCCUUGCCCGAACAAGGGGGAAAAGAGCCACAGCUCUCCCAACGUCUCAAAGAAACAGAUUUUCGCCCCGACCGACCCCGCAAAACAACAACACGAGACUCAGUGCAGCAACAUAUCAGAUAGUCAAGCUUCCUCUGGGAUUAUCCCACGACUCAUUGUGACCUGCGAUUCGAGAUCCAGCCGAACUGCAUCGAAGGCCACGGCAAUCAGCGGAUUCUCCUUUGACAUACAUGCCGACGAAGAGUCGCCUUGCUCGGACAGCGGCUUUGGGGGCUCCCCCACUCCGCCGCUCUUGUUCCGAAAACUCUCGAAUUCGUCUUCCGUCGGCUUGUCCCCAGCGUCCUCUUUUGAGGAAUCCGAAGACGACUUCACUGGCAGCGACAUGGAGCUCAACACCCACCCGGCUGCGCCUCAGAUGCUGGGCAGUCCGGAUGAAAUUGCUGGGAGCAAGUCUUGGAAGAAGGUGAAGACCAUGGUGCACUGGUCCCCCUUCAUGGUGUCCUUUAAGAAGCGAUACCCCUGGGUGCAGCUCGCAGGCCAUGCAGGGAACUUCCAGGCAGGGGAUUAUGGGAAACUGUUGAAGAGGUACUGCGAGUGUGAGCAGCAGUGCCUGCAGAAGCUGAUGGCUGAUCCUCUGCGGCCGUUUGUGCCCGGCUACUACGGCGUGGUGCAGCGCGACGAGCAGGACUACAACCUGAUGGAUGACCUGCUGGCUGACUUCGUCUCGCCCUCCAUCAUGGACUGCAAGAUGGGCAGCCGGACAUACCUGGAGGAGGAGCUGGUGAAGGCGCGGGAGAGACCUCAGCUGAGGCGGGACAUGUACGAGAAGAUGGUGGAGGUGGACCCCAUGGCCCCCACUGCCGAGGAGAGGGACCAACAGGGGGUGCUGAAGCCCCGCUACAUGCAGUGGAGGGAGACGCUGAGCUCCACGGCAACACUGGGCUUCCGCAUCGAGGGCAUCAAGAAAGCCGACGGCACGUGCAACACCAGCUUCAAGAAGACCAAGCACAGGGAGCAGGUGAAGGCGGCCCUGGAGGACUUUGUAGACCGGAACCCUCAAAUUCUGAAGAGUUACCUGCAGAGGCUAAAGGAGCUGCGUAUGGUCCUGGAAAAAUCUGAAUUCUUCAGGGCACAUGAGGUGGUGGGAAGCUCUCUGCUGUUUGUGCACGAGGAGACGGGGCAGGCCCGGGUCUGGAUGAUCGACUUUGGGAAGACCGUGCCCCUGCCGCCGCCGCGCACCCUGGACCACCGCACGCCCUGGGUGGAGGGCAACCGAGAGGACGGCUACCUGUGGGGCCUGGACAACCUCAUCGACAUCCUGACGGACAUGCUGCCCGGCGCCUGAGAGAGACGCAGGGGCAGCAGAGAGGCAGAGGAGCGGGAAAGAGAUUACUUUCUUGGCUCAGUAAUGGGGACAUCCUCUGUCAGAGUGUUCCUGUCUGCGAGCUACAUGAAGAAGAGGAGGAUAAUGGGAUGCUAAAAAUAAGGGAGCAGAGGUAACAGGGAGAGAAUGACACACAAGCUUACCCAGAGAAAGAGGGGGAAACCACCUCCUCCUUCCUCCAAGCACGGCUCUCGCUCCACAGCCGAUGGUGGCCGUGUGAAGAAAACAUUACUUCUCACACAACAGUGGAGUCUGAUUUCUUCUCUCUCUGUGUCCUCCCCAUUGGCAAGGGAAAAGUGACUGUGUUAUAUUUUGCUGUACUUUUUUAUGAGAAGAAAAAUCCUGAAGUGGCCUUAAAGAAAGGAGGAAGGAAAAUGACUUUUAUUCUGAUGUGGACCAUCAGGUUUUUUACUUUUUAAAUUUUUUUCCAGACAUGUUGUAACACUAAAACACUGGAAGACAACUACAAUUCUAUUUUUUGUUUAUACUUUAUUUUAAUGUAAAUACAAUUGUAUUUAUGUAUUGAUAGAACACACAGUUUGAUAAGUUCAUCUUUUGGUAUUCCAGUCACUUUGGGGUGUUACUGGGAGAUAUGUUUUUGCUUAGCAGAGAGGUAAAGAACUGUAAUUUUAAUAUGUUGCAGUGUCAUUUGAGUGUGAUUGAUUUGAUUUGUCAUUGAGUUCAGGUUUUCUAGGGUAGUGGAGGGUAAUGACAGAUUUGAAGUUGCCCCAAGGAUUUUAAUAUUAAUCAAAGCAUUCAUCUUAAAAUUGUGUAAAAUGCAAUAUACCAAGUAGAAUAUUUACCCUUGUGUUUUGGUCUGGACACAAGCGAGCAAAGUUUCUGGUAAGAAACCGAACUGAGUGAAAUCUCUUAACUCAAUCUAGGGCACGAAAGCCGGGAAAUGUUAAAUAUGUUCUUCCGUCAUGACUGGCCGCAGUUAAUUGCACUACGAUUCUUCACAAAAGCUACUGAACAAAGACUCAAGUGUCAGCUUUAUUUUUCUGGUCCAUUUUUCUAAUAUUAGACAGGGGGUCACAUUUUGUAAUCCUAAAAAGGCUGACUUACACAACAGACAACACAAAAUCCACUGAAAGCUGGAAAGAGAAUGUUCUAUUGCCCUGUAACCCCAGUGUAUUUGUCAGUAAUGUUGAGGGGUGGUGUUUGUGUCUGCAGUGUGGAUUGUGGUUUCUUUUAUGAGUAUUUAUUUAAUUUAACACCUCU